AUGGAUGGAUGCUCGAAGGAUAAGCAGAAACUCCGCCCAAGGACUCUGGUUGGAGUAGAGAUUAUUGGGCGGCUUUGUGACCAUGAUGGGCCAGGAACACUUCGCCAAGGAUGUCGUAGCAAAGAGCCACUAUGGAUUGUCUUUGAAGUUUCAGGCACCAUUCAUCUCUCUUCUUACAUGGCUGUGUCGUCUUAUAAGACCAUUGAUGGCCGGGCCCAGAGGGUUAAAUUCACAGGGAAGGGUUUGCGGCUGAAGGAAUGUGAACAUGUAAUUAUAUGCAAUCUGGAGUUUGAAGGCUAUUACGGGAUAUCAGUUGACGCUGAUGGUAUUCAAAUAAAGCCUAAUUCAAAACAUAUAUGGAUAGAUCGCUGCUGCCUCCGUGACUAUGAUGAUGGACUUAUAGACAUCACGCGAAAGAGCACAGAUAUUACUGUUUCUAGGUGUCACCUUUCACAGCAUAACAAGACAAUGCUCAUUGGGGCAGACCCUUCUCAUAUUGACAACAGAUGCAUCCGUGUGGCCAUCCACCAUUGCUUUUUUGAUGGGACAAGACAGCGGCAUCCUAGAGUUAGAUUUGCAAAAGUACAAUUGAACAACAAUUAUAGCAAAAACUGGGGCAUUUAUGCUGUUUUUGCCAUUGUAGAAUCACAGAUAUAUUCCCAAUGCAAUAUAUUUGAAGUAGGGCAGAAGAAGAUGGCAUUUAAAUGUCUCACAGAGAAGGCAUUUGACAAGGAGGAGGCAAUGACUGGUCGCAUAAGGUCUGAAGGAGACUUGUUCGUGAGUGGAACUCAAGCGGGGUUGAUGAUUGAGAGUUCUGACCACAACAUGUUUCAUCCAAGUGAAUACUACCCUACUUGGACAGUGGAACCUCCCACCGGUGAUCUUAAGCUCGUUCUCCAACAUUGCACUGGAUGGCAAAGUGUUCUGCUACCAGUAGAUCAGAAGGUGGAUUCUUAG